AUGCCUGAGUCUAUCGCCAGCCGACUUUUCCGCGGUACUCGCGCCAUCCUCAAGUACCGCAAGGAGCGCGGUAUUCUGGUGGACAACAUCCGCACCUACAUCGCCACUUUGCGCCAGAUGCCCGAGGGCAACUACCUUAUCGAGGUCGCCCUCAACGUCCAGUCCCUGAAGAUUCAAGCAGACAAGGUGAAGUGGGCUUCCCAAGAUCUUGCAAUCGAAGCCGCCGACAUGGCCUAUGUCACCUCCCAUGGUAUCGAGCACUUCUCCCGCACCAUCCCUAAUCUCUGCAACGAGAUCGGUCGUGAUACCCGCCGGCUGGCCGAGACUCUCCAUGACCAUAUCCACAAACCUGUUGUCAACACUGAAUCGGCAUUUAUACAUCGAGUCGUGGGCUCUUACCGCGGCCGCACCUACGUAAUCCCAAACCUGCGCCUCCAGCUAAUCCAACACCUCGACAUCGUCGCCUCACUCUCAAUGAAGAUGGCCAUCGACAGCCGUCACCACCCCUACGUCCUAGUCCACCAGAGCGGCUUCUAUGAAUCCGUUGUUCCUAUGCACUGCGCCGCGCUGAGGGGCCAGUGUGCCCAUCUUGCGGAUCGACUGCGCGAUAACCUUAACACUGAUGUUCUUGUUGCUGUGACGAAAUUGAUUGAUCAGAUUGUGGCUAACUUGUGCUUUUAG